CGAGACGGCUGUGCUACAGCUUUCGGCUGCUAGGACGUGAGGAAGGUGAGUGUACAAGGUCAUGAGCAGGUGGAAAGAGGGGAAGCCUGUGCUCGUGUGUCACCAUUCGGGAUCGCAUUUCGCGCCUCGACGCCGAGAUACAUCCUCACUCAAGGCAGCCGCCACCACGCGCUAGAGAAUAUAGUGCAAUCCGCCAUCAUCAAGAUAAAUACUGGAGGUGUCAAACGAUGGAAAUAUGCCUGAAUCAUCACCCAAGUCUUUCACUUCUCUCUGGCCAUCAACACCACCAAGACCAUUCCAAACACUUUCACCAAAAAUUCCAACAAUAACCGCCACCCAAAAAGUCCUAACAACCUACGAACUCCUCGAACCCAUCCUCCUCCACCUCCCCUUCAACCAGCUUCUCACCAGCCAACGCGUCUCCAAAACCUGGCACACCCUCAUAACCCGCUCUAUCCACAUCCAAGAAAAACUAUUCCUCUUCUCUCCCCACAAACCCAUAAAACCCAUCAAACCCAUCCACCGCGAAAGCCUCCACGGCGCCUACAGAGUCCUCUAUCGCGCCAAAAACUUCCAACUAUGUCCCGCCACCCCAGCAGCCGAACCUCGACCCCAAGCAUUUACAUAUGGCAUGUACAACCACCCAGUCCCACCGCUUCCGAGACAAUACAGGAAAGCCAGCGUUUUAGCGAGAUGGAACCUUACGGAUUCUGGAGAUAUAUUGCAUUUUUCGAUAGGGAUGGGAGGACUUCUUGAUCCGAACUUCCCGCCAGAAGAAGAAAUUGCAUCCUGGAAGAAUAUGCAUAUUGCAUCGCCGCCUUUGGAGGCUGUGGAUUUGGAUUUCUUACCUGAUGUGCCAGAGUAUAGUUAUACUUUGACGAUUUGGAAUCCGAAAGGCGUGACGUUAGGAGAACUGUAUGAAUGGACGUUCAAGUUGGGAAGAUUGUUUGAGAAGUCGGGUGGUUUUAGGCUGACUGAGAGGAUCACAGUGGCGAGUUUCUGGGUUUAUGCAUCUGAGUGA